AGACAUCAAAAGGGGUUCUCGUUUCUGGACAGCUCUGAAAAGAGUCGCCUGGGAAUAUGUGGAUAAUUCUCAGGUGCACGGAUUCUUUCAUUUGAAAGCAGAUGAAAGCACAGGAUUGAAAAGAUUCUUUUGGUCGCUCGUUAUAAUCCUUUCAUUUCUAUGUGGUGCGACAAUAUUGCUUCACUUAGCUACCCAUUUUUUCUUAGCACCGUUCGAAAGGACGCGAGACCGUCCUGAAAUGCUGAUGAGGAUACCAUUUCCCAGCAUUUCGAUUUGUCAUUCUCAAACCGUCAUCGAUUACCAAUCUCGUCAGUUCGUCAAUAGCAUCAAAAUUCCCGAUGGUGUCAGCAGAGAAGAUAUCGUCAAAAUGCUUCCAAGUGCAUUAGGAGUAUUCACCGAAAAUCAAUGGGGACCAGUCAAUACUGAGUACUUGAAUACGGUGCAUGAGACUCUACUGUUGAACGGAUUAAGUAUUCUAGACGCUGUGAAAGCGGUUGGAAUAAGUUGCUCGGACUUCAUACAGCGAUGUAGUUUCAAUAAGAAACGUUUCCCAUGCUUUCAAGACCACCAACAUUUCACAUUUAGGGAAACAAUGAGCUAUGCGGGUAUGUGCUGCUCAUUUAACUACAAUCCGGACAAUUCUUCAUAUCAGCCGUUAAACGUGAACUCGUACGGUGUACGCGGUGGAUUAUCCGUAAUUGCGACCAGUAGUCCUCAUUCCAAUGAUGGUACAUCUGGACUCCUCUUUUCCGAUGGCUUCAUUCUGUUUAUGCAUUCACCUUAUGACUUUCCAACCGAAGCUACUAGCAUGGCAUUGCUAGAAGUCGGAAAAAUCACUGCAAUUGGCAUUUAUCCAACGAUAUCAACCUUGUCAGCCGAUGUCAAUGCACUUCCGCUAGUAUCUCGCAGAUGUUUGACUGGAAACGAUGUUGGAUUAAACUAUUACAGUCAAGCUACCUGUAGAACAAAGUGUAUGACGCAAUUUAUUUACGAUAAGUGCGAGUGUCAUCCGUAUUUCGUCCCAGCAACGGAUAAUUAUUCGCGGAUACGCGAUUGUGCAGUGACGGACGGGGAAUGCUUUCAACGGAUUUAUUAUGACAUGAGGAAGAUACGCUGUCGUGAAUGUUGGCCUGCAUGCGAAGACAUUUCAUACAAGAUGAGCACUGCUACGAUUCCGUACAAUUUUGCAAAUGUUUCAAUCAAUCCAAUUUAUGAUCAAACCAAUCUGUCGAAAUCAGAAUUCACCGCUCAUAUUUACUUCGCUGGCUCAAAAGCUGCGGUGAGAAAAACAAUAAUUUCAGAAUCGUUCGUAGAACUGCUUUCCAAUUUCGGUGGAGUUUUCAACCUAGUUCUUGGUGUCAGUCUUUUCUCCAUUCUCGAGUUAUUUUACUACUUUUGCUACAAAAUUCCACAACUUAUGCAGCGCUACAGCAAAAUCAGACCGGUGAUUACGACUAUUCAAACAAAAAAUAAACAUUGGAAACAAUAG